CAAAUGCAACCCUUGCAACGUCAAGCGCACACCAUUCUCGACAACACCUCGAAUUGCGCCUCUCGCCGUGCUCUCCUUGCCGGACAUACGCCCAGUCAACCGCCGGAGACACAGAAGUUGCAACGCCCCCGCAAUGGAUCGCAUGGGCUUCAUCCCCGGCCCACAGGCCAAGGAGCAGAUCUUCAACGCCCAAGGCCACAUGUUCUUUUCGCGCCAAACGGCGCUAGAUUUUGCCGACGAGUUCAUCAUGAACGCACCCGGCGGUGGCGCCGGCAACCCAAAGCUCUCGACCCUGUACCAGACGAUGCUGGCGUGCUUAAGCGAAGGCGAGCAGGUCGACAUAUGGUUUGGCCUCAAGAACCCCGACCCCGCGGCGGGCCACGAGGAAUACCCCUCAGGCGAGCUGGUGGGCCACUCGUGGGCGCUCGUCAGGACAGCAGACGGCAAGGAGCGGCACCUGUGGGAGGUCGGACGCAAGACGCCCGCCAUGGGCGACGCCUGGGCGGCGAGAGCCUACAACGCGUACCGCGAUGCCAUGGCGCGGUUUCUGGGGCAAGACGUGCCUGCGCCGGUGCCCUUCGACCAGGCCGUGGCCGAAGUACCAAAGGAGUUCAACGGCAAGCCCGUCAUUUCGCGCGCACUGUCGCCGUCGAACCUCUACUACGCCUCGGGCCGCAUGUGGUAUUUUGUGGACUUGUCGCCGCCGGGUGAGCUCAACGAGCCGCCCAUCUUGUCCCGGCCGAUGCGAUCCUUUGACGCGCUGGCGCUGUCGGCGCUGCUGACCCUGGCGCUGGGGACGCCACCAGUUGUGUUUGGCGUGAGCAAUACGAUGGAGACGUUGGGUAAAAUGCCUGCUGGAUACGUACGGACCAUAUAUGAGGCGGACGAGAGGAUAGAAAGGAAAGAUUGCGAUAUCCUUUUGGUGAUGUAACGGGCCGGUCGAUGAUGUGUUGCCACUGCUGUGGCGUUGUGUCGGCGCUUGAGCGGCGCCCAGCCCCUCUGGCUGAAUAUCUGAGUUGACGAUAGAAGCGCCCCAACGGCAUUCACCCAAUCCUACCAACAACAUG